AUGUCAUAUUCAAAGUUGAGCUCAGUCUCUUUUGGGUCUGACAAUUGGUGUCUGCGAUUGCAACCCAUAUAUAACCGUGGACUUUUGACAGCCUUGAGCGACGGGUCUCUGCAGAUUAUCGAUUGGAACCGUAACGAUGCUUUCGACAAAAUCCAGGUUCAUGAGACGCCUAUUAACGAUAUGAAGCUCAUUAAUAGUGACACCAGUAAUGGGAGUUUGGUGGCUACCGCGGCAGAAGACGCGGUCAAGAUCUUCGAUGUGAGAACCCGGGAUGAGGUAGCAAUCCUCAAAAACGAAAAAUCGGCCCCGUUUCUGUCGCUGGACUCAAGACACGAUCUUUUGGCGUGUGGAACUGAAUUGAGUGGAGUGGAUGCAGUGCUGCAACUUUACGAUGUAAGGAAACUGGGGUCGCCGUUGCGAUCAUUUGUAGAUUCUCAUCAUGACGAUAUCACGACAAUCAAGUUCCACCCAAGCGAUCGUAACGUGUUACUAAGCGGUUCUACAGACGGCUACGUGAAUAUUUACGAUUUAACACAGGAUGAUGAGGAAGACGCACUGCACCAGGUAAUCAAUUUCGCAUCCAUUCACUCGAGCGGGUGGUGCUCACCAAAACGAAUUUUUACGCUAUCGCACAUGGAGACCUUUGGCAUUCACGAAUUGAAUGACAAACAAGAAGAAUCGAUAGAACCAAGACCUGUAGAGUUUGGGGAUAUCAGAGACCCAUGGGACUGCAGCUACGUGGUCGACGUUUACCCCGGCUUCAUUGCGACCGGAAAAAGUGACGACGGCCAUGGCGAGCUCAAACUGAUACCGUUUGCAAACGAAAAAGUCCAACUAGACGGAGCGGUGACCAUUCCACAAGCACACGGCGACGAAGUGGUUAGAGACGUGCUUGUACCUGCUUCGAACCAAGAAUUAUUGUAUUCGUGCGGUGAGGACGGUCACGUGAACAUAUGGAAAUCCAAUUUUGGUGACAUGAACGUACCCACGGAGUUCUGGUCCUAUUCAGACCGCAUGGACGUCUUCCAGAACGACUUACCUGUAGUUGAAAUGGAUGAUAUAGAAGACGAUACUUCUGACAAGACUCCAGGUUUGACCCCGGAUCCUCCAUUGACGAAAUCAAGUCGCCAAACCGAGGACAAAAAGCGACAAAAGGGCUCGACCAGGUCUAACAGAACAGUAUCAACCAAAGAUCAUCGAUUCCAACCUUACUAA